GUGAAUCAGCCGCCCUGUUUUCGAAGUUAAGAAGUUUCUCCAUCGGCAGCGGGCCAAAUUCGCCCCAGCGUGUUGUCUCCAAUCUACGGGGUUUUAUAACAAAUCGUUUGAGUAACAUAGCACCAAGUGAUACAGGCUGGAAGGAUUCAAUACUUUCCUUGCCCAAACGAUGGCUUUCCACUGCAGAGUCCGUAGACGAAUAUGGAUUUCCUGACACACUCCCCAAAGUACCUGUACCACCGUUGGAACAAACAAUGACCGAAUAUAUAAGGGCAUUGGAACCCAUAACUACACCUGCCCAGCUAGAACGUACGAAGGCGAUCGUUAAACAAUUUACUGCGCCAAAUGGUCUGGGACCAAAAUUGCACCAAUAUUUAUUGGACAAGCGGGAGGCUGAGGAUAAUUGGGCUUACUACUAUUGGCUGAAUGACAUGUAUAUGGAUGUACGUUUGGCCCUGCCCAUUAACUCUAAUCCGGGUAUGGUAUUUCCACCUCAACGUUUUGCCACGGUCCAUGAUGUGGCCCGAUUUGCGGCCCGCAUUAUCGAUGGCAUCUUGGUGCACAAAGAAAUGUUAGAUAGCGGCCAACUGCCCCAGGAGAGAGCCACUUCACGUGAGAAGAAUCAACCGCUCUGCAUGGCUCAAUAUUAUCGCCUGUUGGGCUCGUGUCGUCGUCCAGGCCUCGAACGUGAUUCGCAAUAUUUGCCCCAAAGGAAGGCGGAUAAUCAGCAUGUGAUUAUUACGUGUCGCAAUCAAAUGUAUUGCGUUGUGCUGAAGGCCGAGGAUCGUGGCAAAUUGUCGGAGAGUGAAAUAGCUUCGCAGAUCCUGUAUGUGCUGAGCGAUGCCCAGUGUUUACCAUCGAAACCACCGCCAAUGGGUUUGCUUACGGCUGAGCCACGCACCCGUUGGGCUGGCGAUCGGGCCACACUCCAGCUGGAGGAACGUAAUCAGCGUAAUAUUGAUUUGAUUGAAACUGCUUUGAUUUUGUUGGCCUUGGAUGAACCAUUGCCGUUGAAUUUCAAUGCCCGUGGUUUUAGUGGAGCCACACCAUCCACCCACUUUGCGGGGGGACGUGACGAAACGAACAUGGCCCACGAGAUGUUACAUGGCGGUGGCAGUGAUUACAAUUCCGGUAAUCGUUGGUUUGACAAAACCAUGCAAAUAAUUAUUUGCACCGAUGGUACCUGGGGUCUCUGCUAUGAGCACUCCACGUCGGAGGGUAUUGCUGUGGUCCAGCUGCUGGAGAAAAUCUACAAGGGUAUCAUUGAAAACCCAAGUGAGGACAAAGGUGUGCCACAACAUCAUUUGCCACCACCCAAGCGUUUAGAAUGGGACAUUGCUCCGGAGAUCCAGAAACGUUUUGCUGAGGCUGCCGUUAGUUUUGAUAAGGCCAUUGAUAAUUUGGACUUUUAUGUAUACCGCUACAAGGGCUAUGGUAAAAAUUUCAUUAAGGCCUGUCAAGUUAGUCCCGAUGUUUAUAUACAGCUGUCGCUGCAAUUGGCCUAUUAUAAACUGUACGGUCAUUUGGUGGCCACAUAUGAGAGCGCCUCAACCAGACGAUUCCUCUUGGGUCGUGUAGAUUGUAUACGCAGUGCCAGCACCGAGGCUCUGGAAUGGGUAAAAGCCAUGUGCCAAGGUGAAGGGGCCAAUGUCGCAUUGGAAAGUGAUCGCGAAGAGGAGGAAGAUCCACGUAAAGUGAAAUUUAGCAUAUACAGUAAAGAUCAUUUGCGUGAACUAUUCCGUUGUGCGGUGGCCCGCCAGACUGAGGUUAUGGUGCAAAAUAUUCUUGGCCAUGGUUUGGACAUACCACUGUUGGGCCUACGAGAGGCAAGCCGUGAGGUAUCCGGUGAAUUGCAUGAACUGUUUACAGAUGAAUCCUAUGCCAUAUCACAAUGCUUCCUGUUAUCCACCAGCCAGGUGGCCUCAACUACGGACAGUUUCAUGGGCUAUGGACCCGUUACCCCCAAGGGCUAUGGCUGUUCGUACAAUCCACAUCCCGAACAAAUAAUCUUUUGUGUUUCAGCAUUUUAUGCCUGUGAAGAUACCAGUGCUUCACGUUAUGCCAAAUCACUGCAGGACUCUUUGGAUAUUAUGAGAGAUCUGUUGCAGGAUUAAACACUAAAACGUGUCAGCUUCGAAUCGCAUAGAAAUUAUUCACGACUAUAAAAACCCAUCCUCCAACCAAAAGCAAAGAAAAAAAAUACGAAACAAAACAUAUCAUAAAAUGUACCUUAACAAAUGAAAAUGAAUGAACGAACAAACGAAGAGAAUAACAAGAAACAAAACAAUUAAAUAAUUAUUGAAAAGAUUUUAGAAAAAUUAUACAACCAAAAAAAAAAAAACAAAAAUUAGUUACAAUUAUAUACACACAUAUAUAUAUACAUAGAAAAAUACAUAUUAAUAUAUACAUACAUGCAAACUGAAAAUUAUUAAAAAAAAUGAAAAGUAUUGAAUGUUAUUAACUGAAAAAAAAAACAAAAGCAACAAAAUAAGAAAACAAAAGUAGGGAAAUCACUCACAUGCCAUUAUGCAUAAAUAAUAAUUAUUAAUAAUAUUAUUAUUAUUAUUGAAGUUAUCGAACAAAAUAGUUGAAGUAUAGAAAAUGUUUUUUAGCUAAACUGUUGGAAGUACUAUAUAAACCAUACAAUAAUUACAUAUAUACAUAUAUAUAUAUACAUAUGAAUUUAGCAAAUGUCAUCCACACUCACAUAACCCCAAUCUCAUCCUAAUAUUUAUUUAAAAUAAUCAUAUUUAAAAAUGAAAGGCCUAUUGAAAACCUUCCCUCUGUAGAAGACCUGGACAAUCGAAGAAGACCUGCAAUAGCUCUUCUCUCUGCAAUAGACAUUUAAAAAC